AUGCUCAGUAGAUUCUGUGGGCUCUUGAAAGUCGCGUUGCUGCCACGGCUCGAGAACAUCAAGUGGAAGGGCAACCCUGUGCAGUUCGCGGGAGGCGUCUGCCGAGAUCAAGAAUGUCGUGGGAACGAGAGACGGGAAGUGGACUGUUUCCCGGCAGACCCCGCAAAUCCCGGUGCGGAGAAACUGGAAAUGGGGGGUGGGGAUAAGAUGAAUUUACUGCCGGGCAGUGCCCAUCACGCAAUGAGGCAGUACGGCGAACUUGCGAGAAGCGCAAAAGAGGCGGAGGUGUGGCACAGCGGGCUAAUCAUGGCAAAGGACUGCUACGUGCAGUUGCGACAGCACCUAAUGACAUUCAGUGUCUCCCCAGAGUUGUGGAAGAAGAUGUUUGUUGGAGGAAGUGCAGCCAAGACAGAGGCUACAGAACCCACGGGGUGUCAGCAGGCAUUCACGGGGAAGCGGGAGUUAGAGACAACCGGGGGACAAGUUGAGGAGGUAAGGUGUGAGCAAGAUGACCACUGCGAUGAGAAAGCAGUGGUGCCAGACGAGGUCUACAGACGGGAAGAUAGAGGUGCUCUAUCCGCGUGA